CAGCGGCACAGUGCUGCCUGCCGGUGCCGGGGACUGGUGGUGAGGAGCCGCUGCAGCGCGUCAGGACCGGACCGUGAACCCGGAGACGGUACACACUGAGGCGAAAGGAGACACAGGAUGGAGCGGAUGUCUGAGGAGGCGUUGAGGCUCAACCUGCUGAAGCGAGGCCUGGAGUCACCCAGCGAGCGAGAGGAGGCACUCGCCAAGCGCCUCAAAAUGGAGGGUCAUGAGGCCAUGGAGCGCCUCAAGAUGCUGGCACUACUCAAACGCAAGGACCUAGCUGACCUAGCAGCCCUGGAGGUCGCAGGGCCUCUGGGAGAUGGGAAGGGCCCUGGAGCCAGCUCCCUUCACCACCAGAGCCUAAUGGGUGCAGCUUAUGAAGAGAAGCUGAAUGGGAGUCUGAGGCUGGGAGGCCACGGUGGCCAUGUUGGACCCAGUAAGAAUGGGAAGGAGAAUAUCCUGGACGAGCCGGUGGAUAUGAGCGCUGGGAGAAGAUGUGAUUCGGAACACGACAGACGAACUCCGUCUCCGGACGUCAUCAUCCUGUCAGACAACGAGGCAUCCAGUCCCAGAACAACACCUCGCCCUGAGGAGCGCCUGCACCAGGCCAACCUGGACAUGUUCAAGGGGAAGACGGGAGAGGAGAGGCAGCAGAUGAUCAAAGCUCUGAGAGAGGAGCUGCGUCUGGAGGAGGCUCGCCUGGUGCUGCUGAAGAAGCUCAGACAGAGUCAGAUGCAGAAGGAAAAUGUGGUGCAGAAGGUCCCGGUGGUCCAGAACCCUACGUCCUCUGUUCAGCCUCCUCCCAUCCACAGCUCUCCUGGCCUGGGGAAGCUGCCCGUGAGGCCGGGCCUGCACAACCCUGAGCCCCAGAACCUCCGCACUGCACAGGGUCACACAGUCAUCAGGUCGGCGGCGAAUGCCAACCUGCCACCCAUGCUAAUGUCCCAGCGAGUGAUAGCCCCCAACCCUGCCCAGCUGCAAGGCCAGAGGGUCUCCUCCAAGCCUGGGAUGUCUCGCUCCAGCUCCAGCAGCAUGGCCAAUGCCGUCAGCUACCAACAGGCCAGUCAGCAGGUGGCAGCCUCCCAACGCUCAGGCUCCAGUGCCAUGUACAUGAACCUUGCCCACAUGCAAGCAGCGGCGGCGGCCGGGGCCGGCGGGGUGGCCGGCGGCCUGGGCGGAGCUUCGGCCGUCAGCCCGUCCACCAUGUCGGGGUCGGCCAGCGGAGGGGUGAGCUCCAUGGCCGACCAGGCCAGCAGCCAGGCGGCGGCCAAGCUGGCCCUCAGGAAGCAGCUGGAGAAAACCCUGCUGGAGAUCCCUCCACCCAAACCGCCCGCCCCGCUCCUUCACUUCCUGCCAUCUGCUGCCAACAGCGAGUUCAUCUACAUGGUGGGCCUGGAGGAGGUGGUGCAGAGCGUGCUCGACAGUCAGGGUAAACUCAGAGGGACGCUGGCCCGCAUGGAGCCUUUCUUCUGCGCCCAGUGCAGAACCGAUUUCACCCCUCACUGGAAGCAAGAGAAGAGCGGGCGGAUCCUCUGUGAGCAGUGCAUGACGUCCAAUCAGAAGAAAGCUCUGAAGGCGGAGCACACCAACAGGCUGAAGAACGCCUUUGUGAAGGCGCUGCAGCAGGAGCAGGAGAUUGAACAGAGGCUGCAGCAGCAGGUGGCCCUGUCUCCCAGCUCAGUCCCUACCGGCCCCAACGCCUCCAAGACUGACACCAUGAUCCGACAUCAUGCCCUCCGCCAGGCUCCCCAGCCACAGGCCUCCCUGCAGCGAGGUCUGUCCAACUCGGCGCGAGGCGUCCUGUCAAACUUCGCUCAGGCCUCCCAACUGUCGGUGGCCAGCAGCCUCAUGGGAAUGACUAGUGCCAAGCACUGUGGCAGCGGCGGAGGCAGCAGCGGCAGCAGCAGUAGCAGCAAUAGACUGCAGCACGACAGCCGUCGCCAGAUCUACAACAUCCCAGGGUUAAAUAUUGCCUAUCUGAACCCAGCGGCAGUUGGAGCCCAUAAGAGCUCCAGCUUAGCAGACCGGCAGAGAGAGUACCUGUUGGACAUGAUCCCACCUCGAUCCAUAUCGCAGUCCAUCACUGGACAAAAAUGAGUCCCCCGACCAGCCCUCUGGACCCCCACCCCCCCCAACCUCCUCCCCCUCCUCCUCCCCGAUGCCACCCUCAUCCUGCCCUCCUACCCACCCCCCCCAUACCGAAGCACUCCAUGACCAACCAACAUCCCCCAUCCCCACCUCCCAUCGCAUGCAGUGCCUGUCCGUGUGCCUACCUUAAAACCAACCCAUGAAAAACCCACCGAGUCGGACAAAGACACUAAACUGUCAGUGCAUCUCAAAUGUUCCUAUGAUAGUAAAAAAAAAAAAAAUCUUCUUCGUCAGCGUUGUUUAACAAUUAUAAUUCCCAUUAUUACCGCUGUUGGUAGCACUAUUAUUAUACCUGCAACUACCGUUUUUUGCUUCAGUUACUAUUACUCAUUAUGCUUUUUUUUUUCUUUUGUAAGUGUUUGGUCCAUUUUUUUUUUUUUUUUGUUUCUCUGCUGUCUCUCCUUUACUUCGGGGAGAGAUGGUGAAUCAUAGUAGGGUCGCUUUAGACCAUGGUCAUAUAGGAUUUUUUUUUUUUUUUUUUUUAAUCUCCUUUGAAUUAUAAAGCUUAGAUGUGACUAUUGCUCAUAACAGAAAAUCAACAGGGUGCAUUCUGGUUGCUAUGCAACAUAAAGUUUAACAACUUUAGCUCACUAACUUGAAGUAACAAAACGGAAAAUACUGAUAGGAACAAAACAAAAAAAAACAGACAAAAUUAAGUUAGUAACUGCUCUGCUUGCUCUUAAAAAGAGGAUGAAGAGCCUGUUCAAAAAAAAUGGAGAAUGUGAGGGGAGGAGGGGCGGGGCAUGUAAUUGAGAGUAUAGCACCCACACACUUGCAUCAUCACAUCAAAAGGGGCAGUUUCAAGAGCUGUUUUCUGACACUGACACAUGGCUGAAGUCCAACCUGGAGUUGGGGGGUGGGGGUGGGGGGCAGCAUCAGAGCCAGUGAACUGGAAAUGACUGACAAAAGGUGCACGUUGUUCCGCAUCGGUUUCUUCGCUUCAGAUAUCAGCCUCUCCUUUUACGGAUGGAUGUACGCGGGGACUUACUGCAGUUGUACUCAUCAGGACUGUCAGGCACGGCAAACGUGUCCCCGGUGCACCGUCGGCGGACCAGCAGUCCAUACAGACUUACAGCGAUGAGGGAGCCGACAGGCGGCGAGAAGACGUCGUCUACGCAUCCAUCCGGUAUUCACAGGGGUCGACGGGCUCCCACUCAGAGAGAAGCAAGUUGAUUUUUCCCUUCCUGGUUCCACCCCAAUCUCACUACUACGCCACUGACCCCUCCAUGCCCCCGCCCCUCAAUACCUUCGUUUAUCUGGUAUGCACAGACUGAACCCUUUUUACCCAGCAGCUCCUCUUGGCAUCACAUGUUCUUUGAGAGAAACAAAACUCAACUCUGUCGGUUGGAAGCACAUUUUGUGUGUCCACGCCCACAGAUUCUGUAAAAUCUGGGUUCCUUUUCUUCUUCUGUUUGAGUUUUGAAAUUGUUUCCUGAUUGUUGCCCCCCCCCGCGCCCCCCCCCCCCCCCCCCCCCCCACCCCAACUUCCCAUUCUUUAUUUUAGUUUUUUGUUUAUUUGAGUUUUUUGGCGGCGUCUCCUAAUGAAUUGGUGGCCUACCUGUGAGGUAUCAGCCCCUGGAGACGAUAAUAAUCAACAUAGCUAAAAACAAAAACUAUUGAAAUAUCAGUAUGGAUUAUGUGUAGAUACCUAGCUUCAGAUGAAAAAAAAAAAAAAAAAAAAGGAUGUUGGAUUAUAUCUUUUAUGGGAGAGACAUGGAUCAAUCAUUGUGUGCAUGCUCUGCACACAAGUUCCCUCACUCCAGAGGAGCACUUUGCAUAUUUCCAAUUGGAAAAACUUUUUUUUUUUUUUUUUUAUUUACAAAAAGAGGAAAAGAAUGUUACAGUUGAGAGUGGCUAAGGGUCUGGAUGCUGGGUGACGGCCGACCAGAGAGUCAGGGGACACGGCAUCAAGGUGUGUUUUAAUGGCUGAUGAAAGGUUUAAUCCCCAUUUUACUUGGCCAGUGUUGAUCUCUAAAUGCUGGACCUCAAAGUGUCCAUUCCAUCACAUCCCUGGUGCCCAGUGUUCUGGGGUCAGAGCCAGCUGCUGCUGGCCUGAAUACAUGUUACCAGCAUCAGUACAGGGUCCCACUGGCUCACCGUCUUCAUAAACCCAGCAAAAAAUCAGAGCUCAGAUAAGUUAUUCUCAUUUUCAAAGCAGUCCAGGCUCUUAUUUCUAAGGUCUUUGGACCUGAUCCCUAACAAAUUCAUCAACGGACCUGAUAUGGAUCCUGCUCAGAUCCGCUCUGGUACUGCCAUGCUGACACACAAAACCCAACCCCCCCCCCCCCCUCCCCGGUCAGCUCUUCCUCUGAGAAUGAUGAGGCGUUCACCUCUCUGCCUCGUUAAAUAGAGGUUUAACAAGAUGGCGUCGUGAUGAACGAUUUCAGUCAGGCAGUGAAAGUUUCUCUCCUCCUGUGCUUUCAGAUUUCAAACCUCACACGUGCGGUAACAAUGGCUUGGUGCACACUUCCAUAUACUUAUGGUGACUGUAGAUGCUUCUGUUGUUGCACUGGUUUCUUGUGGCCUCAACACUCUGAAUGUCACUACAUGAUACAGUUAGAUAGCGUUGCUGAUGCCAACUUAAUGGUAAAAUCCACAUAUAUGUACCAAUGUUUCAGCAGCUGGUUGUCCAGUUUUUUUGCAGGGCAAAACCAACUUUGAUCAACUACAACUAUGUCCCAUAUUUCCAGAGUACGUGUCUUUGCUCGUGUCUUCAAACUGUUUGACCAAAAUCGUGGAGUAACAUACGGAGUGCUGAGCCAUGGAGCAGGCCGGCAACGGAGCUUAUUGUUGCCCCAGACUUGGUUAGCACAUGGACAUUCAGUCAGUGGCACACAGUCAAAACAACACUGCUGCAGCAACACAUACCAGCACUCUCUUCUUCACGGAUCAUGGUUAAAGUUAAUGUGGACACAGCAUGGAGGCUCAGAAAAACCUAAAACCUUCUUCUUCUUCUUUUGAUUUGCACAUUGAACUGUUCAAUCUGUUGUGUAAAUAUUUCAUUUAGAGGCACUAAUGUCCCAGAGUUUCCUCAGUAGAUAUCCCAGCAGUACGUGGAAUGUGCCACCCUGUCUUGAAGGAGGAAAAACUGCAUGUUUCGUAUGAUAGAUGAUCCAGCUGCCUCGGUAUCUCUGACCACACUACGACUGUGCACUGGGGCUAACACCUUUACACCUUUACUUCCAUCAGCAUGUACUGCUGCACAACCCUAACAAGACCAGUCAGGUCUAAGUAUGCAGUUCUUGGUAGUGGCUUGUCGGUCCCCCCAUAUUAGCAAAAGUCGGAUGUAAAGCAUACUAACAACUCUUCACCGGUUUCCUCGGGGGUGCUGGGCUCCCAGUUUGCAGUAGCUCAGACAUUUUAAGCAGUGUUCAGUCAGUGUGCAGUAUUAUUCAUGAACAUGGUGACUCCUUACAGGAGGACUCAGAGGUCAGUUUGGGUUGGAGACAGGAGAACCAGCUCUCAGCUGACCGUCCAGCACAUUUUUCAGUCUUCAGUCCAAAGAAGUUGUGAGAUUGUCACCCUUUCAUCUAUAAAAUCUAUACAACCCAUCUGACUUGGAAGCGUACCAUGCUGGGACUGAGUGACUUCUUUAGGUGAAUGAUGACAUAAACUGUUGAUAGCAAACACCCAGACUGACUUGCGGUGAAACAUCAUGGCACAGGUUCUUCAUUGACGUUUGACAAACACUAUCACAGAGGCUUACCGGUGGCCUAACACACCUUCUGGCAGCCAUGUUGGUUUCCUUCGGUUCUUUGGGCAACUUUCUGUGCAGUUAACUUUUGUGUUUGGAUGAUAUCAACUUUGGUGGUUUUUUUGACCAUACAUCUGGUUACAUUACACUCAGUCACUUCAUUUUGUGUGUGGACUCACACUCUUUAAAUCCUUUGAAAAACUUUAUGCAGACAUUCAUGUUCCAGAACUUUAUUUUGUCCACUACUUUGGUUUUUUGGCCAAAUACUGUACCUGGAAAAGCUAAUGAUAUUCAGCUACAGCUGGUGCUUAGUGUGUGGUGUCCAUUAGCAAACCCUAACAUGCUAACAUGCUGAAAUAAAAUGGUAAUCACAGUGAUCUUUCCACCUGCUAGCUACUUUGCUAACAUUGUCAUUGCGAACAUGAUAGCCUCCUGACAUUAGCAUCAAGCUGAAAGCGCUGCUAUGCUAAUUAAAGCCACAUAGCUCGCGUGGAUGUAGACUCUUAUUGUUAAAGCUUUUCCUGCUGAAUGAAAAGUGUCGCAAACAUGUAAGAUGAAACUAAAAAGCAACCGAAGCUAAGAUGGCAGUAAAAAUUUUAGCUUCUCAUUAAAAAUAAAGUGGAAAAGAAACUUAAGCACUUCAUGUGGAAGAGUGUGUGUGUGUGUGUGUGUGUGUGUGUGUGUGUGUGUGUGUGGAGAGAGGGGGAGGAGGGGACUCUCCAGUCUUGUCAGCGCUUUGAUUUGAGCAUAACUAACUGCCUGUACAGUAGUAGAAGCUAGCAGCAGUAGUGUUCAUUUUAGUUGCUUUGUUGAAUUAGCCCACCAGCUAGUUUGCUAAGGUAGCUAACAAAAGGCCCACCUCUGUUCCCACUUGCUUUCAUUGCUCAGUGUUAUCUCUCUUUCAUUGGCGGCAUGUGUCUUCAUUCUGUGUGAAAAGCUUAAAACAUGAUAAAAAAAACGUGAUACUGAGCUUUCGUGUCUGUGUGCUAAACAAAGUUAGAAUCAGCUCUUCAGACUUCUGCUAAAAUCAAAACACGACAUUUUUAACAGGGAAACUGUCAUUUUUAACAAUCGUCCUUUGUUGGAUGAUGAAGAGUUCAGUGGGGGUUUUUUUUUUCUAACUAGUGCUGCAGCAGAAUAUUUGAUAGUUUGAGCCUUUCUUGAAAUUAUCAAUGAAAGAAAUGCUGGUGAGCUAGCGAGCUAUGAGCUCUUCUUCUCGAGCCAAGACGGAUACCUGGCCAAACUGCUCACCUGUGACUGCCACAGUCUCUUCAGGUGUGUCCGAUUCUUUGCCCUCGACUAAUUAACUAACUAAUCAACAGUCACUGAUGGAGCAACAGCCUGUUUCUGCGUCACUGUUACACUUUCCCUCCGCACUGUUACACUUCCACUGUCCACAUGUGCACAGUGGUCGGUUGGUUUGGUUGGUCGGUUGGUCGGUUGGUUGGUGUUUGUUCCAGCCGGACUGUCAGAUGGAUGUGUGUACCGGUUCAUCCCGUUAACGAUACAAGAAAAGUGUGUUAGAGGAAUCCAGACCUGCCUGUCACCGCGUCACAGCGAUCCGAUGAUAAAGAGCCCAGUGAAAUGGAAGACUUAGGCCACGACUAUGAAACUACCUAGGAUUAGAUUCAGAGAUGUAAACUGAAGUUUACGCUUAGGGAAAACAUCAACUUUUGUUUAUUAUAUUUAAAAAAAAAUCCACAAGAAUCAGUUUUCCCUGUGGUGGAACAGUUGAAAUUGGAUGUAGAGAUAUAUUUUCAUGAAUUUUUAAUGUCUGGGGUAAAUUUUUACUUUACAGUGUUUCGUCAUGCAUCUCCUUUUGCUGCCAAGCUGAAGUCGGAGGAAAGAAAAAAAGCUCCUGUCUCUCUUGCUCUUUUGCAGAUGCAUCCUCUCACCUUUGUAUUUGGACUACAGAUUUUUUUCAGACGUCAAUUUUUAGAUUUCAAAAGUCAUUCUUUUUCUGAUGUCUCAAUUGAGUUCCAUUUUCUUUCUAUUGCAGUUUAAAAAAAAACAAAACAAAAAUAAACAAAUGUAUUGACUAUGAAAUAAAUGACACGAUAUUUGCUAGGUUUGAAGUAAUAAUGACUUAUUGUACAUAAGCAUUUUUUUUCCUCCCUUGUACUGAAAAAAGAAAUUAAAUGGUUGUAUAUUGUGUAGAAAAGCAAACAAAAAGCCAUGAAUAUUGUGAAGCUUGUCAUUUCGUUUUGUGAUCACUGUGUAUUAUUGUGUAACUAAUGUGCAAAAUGUUUGGGAUUCUUUUUUUUUUUUUCUCCCCUUCCUCUGCUUAUUGAAGCCAUCUCCCUGGAUGCAUUUGCUUUGGUUUUUGGGGACUAGUUAGAGUUUGCAGGAAAGGUGCUCACCGGUUCAGACAAGGACCUGGGGGGUCUGCUGUCGCGUUACUCAGCUGUCACGUUUCUUUAGGUUUUCUCCUGAUCUGAUGGUUUAUGGUGUUUUGAUCCAGGGUCACACUGUUGGAUCUGAUCUCUCAGACUGGUAGUUCAGUCUGAGAGAUCAGAUCAACAGGGACCCAAGUCACUGGGUCCCUGCUGGACUAUGAAAAGUCGAACAAUAUCAUCUGUCUGCCUGCGUCCUACGAGGAGAUAAAAAAAAAAUGUUUGAUCAUUUUGGUGAACCAACCGUUACAUUCCAGUGUCCUAAUGAAACGACUGGAAACCAGUGGCUGUCCAGAGCAUACAAGAUGCGAACGACUUGCUGAAUGGACAAUGGUAAAAUGGUCAGUGGUGUGUGUGUGUGUGUUUCCUCCAGAGAAACACACUAUUGACAAAAAAAAAAAAAAAAAAAGUAUAAAAAUUCCAGCCAAUAUUCUAUCUAUCAGUGGUCGCCCUGGAUUGAACUUAUAAAGGUGUAUUUUUGUUAAAAUGGCCACAGCCGCCGCUCGACCCUCAGAAGAGCUGACCCUGAAUCAGUGAUCGCUUUUCCUGACCAAACGCCUGCAUACAACAAUGUACGGUCCCCUUACUGUUUAGGCUUAAUCUUCUAUUAGUUGUUGCUGCUGAAGCAGGGAAACAUUUAAGUGCGAAAUCAGUUUUUAAUCAACCUUUGAUUUACCUGUUGAAGCAUUUUUUUUUUUUUUUUUUUUUUGCAUAAUGUUAACAAUGUUGAAAUAAACAUCUGGGAAGCAGAAGAUGAAAUCGACCGGAGAUUAAUUGAAGCCCUUUUUUUUUUUUUUUUUUUUUGGGGGGGGGUUUUGCUUACAUCAAUCCUGACCUUUUGCACAUACUUGAUAUUUAACGGUCUUCAAAAAAAAAAGUUAAAAGAAAAUAAUGCUGUUUGAAUACUGCCAGUUGAUUGACAAUUAUGCAUUGAUUGAAAAAAUAAGCUAAUUUUGGAGGAAAUAACUUUGUAAUAUUUAUCUCUUGCAAGCUAUGUUUAAUAAAGGUUGAAACAAUUUG